AUGCAGCCCUAUAGCCCUACGCGAUCGCGCAAUGCAGCCCUGCUGCUGUCUCUCCUGAGCAGCAGCACUUUGCUCGUGCCCCUCGCCGCCGCCGCGACCACCACCGCCAGCGGCGGCGGCGGCGGCACCUCGUACGCGGACCAGGUCUGCAAGCCGGUCGUGCCCGACGGCAGCACCCUCCCGCCCUGCGUCGAGAUCGAGAACAUCCAGGUCGCCUGCUCGCCCAACGGCACGGCGCCCGUCGACUACGAGGCGCACGCGCAGUGCAUGUGCCACGGCUCCUUCUUCCAGGAGUGGACCGCCUGCCGGCAGUGCCUCUACGUCCACGGCCAGCUCUCGGAGCGCGACAUCGGCUACUGGCAGUCGGCCAUCGGCCUCGCCUCGUCGUCGCUCUGCGGCUUCCUGGCCGGCGGCGCCGGCGGCGGCUCCCCGCCCACGGCCGCGUUCCAGGACAUCUUCACCGCCGCGCAGGCGCAGGCCUCGGUCCCGGCCACGGGCGCCACCGCCACCUCGGACCGGGCGCCCUCGGACACGGCUAUCAGCUUGUACUUCACCCCGAGCGGGUCCCUCGGCCCCGGCUCCAUCACCGGCAGCGCCGCGUCUGCGACUCAGACCGGGUCUGGCGGCGGCAGCGGCAGCGGCGGCGGCAGCAACUCGGGCUCGGCUACGACGUCAGGUGGAUCCUCUGGACAGUCCGGCUCGGGCGGCUCUUCCCAGCAGACGACACAGAUGAAUAGCGGCGGUUCCCAGACUACGGCCGCAAGCACCAGCCAGACGUCGUUGAAGACCUCGGGAGGGGUGGCUAUCUCCGCCGGCUCGGGCACGGCGCUGCUUGGCGCUGCCGUCGGUGUUGUGCUUUCUUUACUUUGA